AUGUUAACUCCUAUACCAGUUGCACAAUCUGUAGUUCCUGUUGAAAUCCAGCCUCCUAUUUCAACGCCAUUGGUUCCUGUUGAACCCGCGACGAAUUUAUUAUGGAAAAAGAAAUUUCCGGCAAUUUUUUCUGGUAUACUUGCUUUUCUGCAAUAUGGAAUGACAGUUGUCAUCAUCGGAUGCGAAAUUGGUAGUGUGCUUAUCGAUGUAUUCACUGCUACAAUAUAUGUGGGCUUUUGGGCAAGUAUAUUUUUUGUUAGUGCGUGGAUUUCACAAGCAAGUUCAACUUGUUGCUGCCGUGGUCGACCUUGUGCAACAUACACACUGAUUAAUCAAUGCAUAGCAUUAGUUUUUGCCGCUUGUAUCAUUGGAUUCGAUGCAUAUUUUAUCAGUUAUCCAACAACAUGCUUUUUUUCUACAGACAUAUGCACCAGCUCAUCCUAUACUCGUGGCAUAUUUUAUUCAUUAUGUUUGUUCUAUGUCUGA